GGGGCCUCGUAAACGUCUCCUCACUCGGCACUGUCCAUCUGCCAAAGCUCAUCAACAGCACUAAGUGAAGCAGCUGACGGCACCUGGCCUUUUCCUGCUGAACCUGAAAUAACCAGCCCAGGAUGGUGUGCCCGAUUUGUAUCACCACUGCCAUAGUCUCCCAGCUUCCGGUGCUGUCAGCUGCAGUGGUGUCAGCCACUGGCAUCAAGAUGGCGAUCGAUCAGCGCCGGCCUUCUGGCGCUACCAUCAAGGAUGGGAAACAAGCACAGAAAGUCUCAAUUAUGAAGGCCAAUCCCAGUCAGAAGCUGUGGGUCGAGAGGCGGGAUUGAUUCUCUCGUGUAUCAAAGCCAGGGUCAGCUGACCGAUGAUGUGAUCAGAACAGCUGUCCAUUUGAGAAGAGCGAGGAACUGCUAAGGAACCCAACCAGAUCUUCAGAGAACAAGGUCCACCUUGCUCUUAUAUUGCUGACAAAAGGCACCUGUAGGGCUGGCCAAUCCUUUGUAUAUGCUCACAAGAAGAGCUGCGCAGCUGCAUUGAUCUUGAAGUACAGAAGUGCUAGCUAGAUAAGUCGUGCCAUUGCCGCUUAUCUGAUUGCAUAAACGCAUGCUUUGAUACGAUUAUUUGCUCAAGUCUCCAUGGUUGAGGACGCGUGUAGCAGCAGAACAGAUAC